AAUAGUAGAAAGAACCAUGGGUGAUGAGAUAUUUGAAAGACUAUUAGAAGAUACAGAUUUUAAAGAUAAAUAUGGUAAUACUCUUCUACAUUUUGCUGUUAAACAUGGUCAAAUAGAUGUAAUAAGGGAGCUAUUACUAAGUGGUGAAGAUAUUAAUACUCAAAAUAAAAAAGGGGAAACUCCUUUACAUUGGGCUGCUGGUUGUGCUAUUAAAAGUGGUCAUAUGAGUAUAAUAAGAGCUCUAUUAAGAUUAAGAAAACCAAAAAUUUACUCUAUAAGUAAAGGAGGAAGAGCUUCUCUGUAUGUUGCUGGGUAUGGCAAAAUAGAUGUAGUAAAGGUUUUAUUAGAGAUGGGUGCAGAUCCUUUGUCACGGGAUAGAAAAAAUAGAAUUCCAAGAGAUUUCACUGAUAAUAAUAAGAUAAAACAGCUUUUACAAUAUGCAGAAAUAUAUCAUGCUGCUAAAAAUGGUCAAAUCGAUCAAUUAAAGGCUCUAUUAGCAAAAAAUAUAGAUGUUAAUGCUAACAACGAUAAAUAUAGACAUACUCCUUUGCAUUAUGCUGCUGAAUGGGGGCAGAUAGAAGUAGUAAAGUACCUAAUAGAACAAGGUGCAGAUGUUAAUGCUAAAAGUAAAUAUAGAAGUACUCCUUUACAUUAUGCUGCUGAAUGGGGACAGAUAGAGGUAGUAAAGUAUCUAAUAGAACAAGGCGCAGAUGUUAAUAUUCAAAAUAAACUUAAAGAAACUCCAUUACAUUUGGCUGCUCAAAAGGAUCAUAUAAAAGUAGUAGAAUAUCUAUUAACACAAGGUGCAGGUGUUAAUGCUAGAAGUAGAGAAGAAAUAACUCCUUUACACUAUGCGGCUGAAAAAGGUCGUACAGAGGUAGUAAGGUAUCUAUUAGAAAAAGGUGCUGAUAUUGAUGUUCAAAAUGGCUAUGGAGAAACUCCAUUACAUUUGGCUGCUCAAUAUAAGAAUAUAGAGGUAGUAAAGACUCUAUUAGCACUAGGUGCAGAUGUUAAUGCUGUAGCUAAAAAUGGAAAAACUGCUUUACAGAUGGCUACUAAAAAUAGACUUUUUUCAAAAUCGAUUUAUGGUAAGGGAUUUGUAGGAAAAGUGCAAGCGAGCACCGCAGAAUACUCGGAUGUAUUUGAGAAGCACGGCUCAGCUUUAACAACAAAAUUGCCAUCAGGAAUUGAGUUUCAAAAGAGGUCUAAUCAUCAAGAGGUAAUAGAUGCUCUAUUAUCAGCAGGUGCAAAAUCUGACACUCAAAUGGAGAGCAUACAAACAACAAAAGUAGGGCCUGGCUUAGGUAAAUAGU